CGCACCGUCGGAAACGUUUCGCUGUGCUGUGGCCCCCAAUCCGUUCCAUGUGUUUAAGUAGUAGCUUAACGCGCGCGUAACCAAGAAAGUGAAACGUACAAAGGCAAGCCACUGAACGGGAGGGGAAGGAAGGGAUAAGGGCACAGUUCACCAAAAGCGUCCGCUUGCUGCCCCAACCGAGCCUCGGGUACAGUGUUAAGAAGUAACCGCAGAAGAAUUCCCGCGGUAAAUUGCACCGUUGCAGGAUGGGUUUGGCAGUUGUUCGGCUGCGGCGGGUGGAGCGCUAAAUUGAAAGCGAACGAACGAACGAAUGCUAAGGUGCAAAUGGAUUGGCGAUCGUUGUCGCGUGUUUCGUCCCCGUCGUGGCUGGGGAGCAUUAUGGCGUUAAUCGUGGAAAGUGAUUCAAACCGACCGGAGGAACGGCGGGUACGGCGGGCAGGCUUAAGAACGGGCUCGGCGAGAGAACGUUUGUGGCCAACCGGCAACCGCGAUGGCUGCUUACGGUGGCUGCUUACGGUGGCGAUCCUUUUAGUAACCUGCCUUGCCCAGCCGAUCGGCUGCAGCCGGGGCGAGCUGCACGUACACGAGUACGCCAUCCUACGUACGGAUCCGUGCGCUGGCAACGUGCAGCCACCGUCGUCAUUCGGCGGCGGAAAGAGUGCACUAAAACUGUCCGAACUGGUGACGCAAAGUGAUGUGAUAUUCAAAGCAUUCGCCGGUUACGGAAAUGACCUGCGCGCGGUCGCACUCGGCAACGGGACGCAAGGCAUGCCGGUGGCGGAAGCGUCGCAACACCGUCCGCAUCAGCAUCAGCAGCAGCAGCAGCAGCAGCAGCAGUACCAUCACCAGCCACGCUGGAAACCGCAAGCACGGACGGAGCAUGGCGGCGCAAAGGCGACGGGCGCAGAUUUUAUCGUACGACUCGAGCCCGCCACCGUCUACAAAGGAAAUGAACUUUUCAAACAGUUGCAGCUGAACAGCUGGCAGCACUAUUUCAUCCUCUGGAGCAACGGUAGCGUAGAGUAUACGCAUCGUGAUGUGCCGCCCAUCCAAGGUAGCGCUGGCUCCGAGUCUUCCGUACCAAACACAACGCAGCAAGAACCAGAUACAUCAUCACCCGCCUCGGUUGCUUUCACACGGCGCAGUGCAGCAUCCGGCAUCUGGCCUACCCCGUACGCGAACUGCACGAACCGGCAGCCGCUGACGCAUCAACGGUUUCCCAUACGUACGCAGGCACCAGCUGUUGCGGAAGCGGCGCAACCGAUCGACACUGACGAACCAAUCGAUCGAAUCACCAUCACGACGACCACUCCUUACAUCGCUCGAGCCUUCACCGACGACGACCAAAAACCCUUGUCCGCUGGUGAACGUGUCAAUUUGCACACGGGCGACUCCCCAUCGCAACAAGCAGACGAAAGGGAAACUGCACAGCCCGGGCCGCCAGCAACGAUGGGGCAGGAUUUUCAACGCGAGGGUCAGAUUAGCCGCACGCUGAGCGAGAUACUGCCUGUUACGCUGGUCGUAUUUGGACGGUUGGUCGGCGGCGGUGGCGGCGGCGGCGGGCGGACCGAUAAGCUGCUGCGAGUCGACCCGUACGUCGGGCUGCUGCGGUGGGACGAACGACUCGAGGAUGCCCUUUGGCAAACGCUUGGCUGGAGCGCGUGGAGCGAUUACACGAGCUGCAGUGUGGCGUGCGGUGGCGGUGUACAGCAACGCUUUCGACACUGUUUACCGUCGGCGCCGGCAGACCGUGCGGAGCCAAACGCACCGACCGACGAGAUCGUUCCACCGACGGUAACGCCUUCAUUUUCCAACACACGCAGCAAUGUUUUUAACAGUGAAAUUGAAAACCCCAUCACCACCACCACUGCUACCGAACGUACGCAGCCAGUCGCGUACGGUGCGCCACCAAGCGUCUCCAUCACCGCACGGCAAGGUGGAAACAAAUUGAGCCGAAAGCUCCAAUCAAAACAACCGGCGGAAGGUGCAAAGGUGCAGCAGCAGCAGACACGGCCAUUCCACACCGAGCCCGUGGUUAAUGAAAGGCGCAUAAUGAACCCGACAGUCGACGACGACGGCGAACCCAUUUCAUCGGAAUCCAUUCCGAUCCGGUGGCUGGGAGGGAAAUUCAAUCCAUCCGCCACGGGACGGUUGCGGGGCACGGAGCCGGCGGCGGCACCUGUCGAACCAGCGCAUCAUAACCGGCCGCGUGCCAGCCAAGCGGAGGGCACGUGGCCCGCCUGCGAGGGACACAAUAUCGAGCAGCGAAGCUGCAACACGUUCGAGUGCACUGGUACAAUCGAUUUACUGGCGGCCGUUACACCGACCACCCACUGGCGGACGGCCUGGGACGAAAGCGUCGAGGAUCGGAUCAACUACGCAAUCAAUCAACUGGACCAAAACUUUACCCUCAUGAUGAGUUUGCGCCUAAAGCCCGUGAGUGAUGACAACGACCGCCAACAGUCCGGCCAAACGGCGACCGUCCGCCCAACGGGUGGACACAUUUUUUCCAUCCGUUCGAAGCUAACGGCCGGCUCAAGUUUGUCGAUAAAUUUCGAAACCGACGGUCACGGUGGGCUGCGAGUGUUGCAGGAAAAGUACGGCCUCUCGGAGAUGCUGCCGGUACGAUCGGGUUCGCUGACGCUGCGCGACGGUGCCUGGCAUUCGCUCGCAUUAAGCGGCCGGUACGGUGGGUUCGUAACGGUGUACAUCGACUGCCAGUGGAUCAAUUCGUUCGUGCUGACGAAGGGUUCGAUCGAGCUGCCCCAGUAUCCCACCGUGGAGGUUGGCCACAGUGUUGAGCUGCGACAGCUUACGGUGGUGCUGGGUGAAAAAUCGGCCCGCCUGCAAUGCAACCCACGGCCCGUACCGAUACACGAUGUGGAAAAUCGACGGGUGACGAAUUACUUCGAGCAUCUCAACUAAUCCCCCCCCCCCGGCUUGGGCGGGAUGGGCAGCAAGUUCAGCUGGACUGGCUGGGGAUUUAAAUGCACUGAUUUAAUUGCAGCACUGUUGCGAAAUCCCCCCGAUGUGCCCGACGGUGCAACACAGCGGAACAAAACACACACACAGAAGACGUCCAUGUGCAAAGGGUGAAAUAGUUGCUUUUUGCUGUUUGAAAUAUAAAUCGACUUGAACGUAAGCACGGCACGGUUGGCCGUGCCAGCCGCAACUGGACCGUGUGGUUGGGUUCUCUCGGGCCAAUUGUGUGCUUUAUUUCUUUUACUUCAAAUAAAAUAUUUUAAAAAUCGGAAUUUCUUAGCUGAAAGCUUGCAGCAGGACGGUGGAGCCCAUUUUUGCCAUUAAGAAAAGGUAUUAAAAUAGUAACUGGAAUGAAAAAAAACAGAAACAACCACAAAACGGGAACGGAAUACAAUAAAUAAACGUUAAUCGGAAUUGAUUGUACAGAGACGUGCUUGAAACGAA